CCGUCGUCGAAACUGGAGAAGGCCGAAAUUCUACAGAUGACGGUGGAGUUCCUUCAUCGAAUCCAUCGAGAUGGAAACGUACUGAAUGCAGAAACACGACUACUGGAGAACCGUCUGCUGGGCUUUCAGGAGUGCUUCGCAGAAGUGACCCGCUUCCUAGCCGCUGUACCGGUUAUCGGCGAGGUGGAUGAGCUUCUACGACGCAAACUCCUGGGCCACCUGCAUGCUUGCAUAUAUCGUCGAGACUUUGAAGCCCGCUCCCGUCUAGCCUCCCUCUCAGCCAUGGCCAGUUCGGGAGAUUCG